AUGCCUAAUUUCUUACUAAACGUGGUAUUGUUAUUCACAGGGGAUAAAUUAGAUAAGUCAUGGAAAGUCAUGGAAAGUCAUGGACAGUCAAGAAAAAGUCACAGGAAAAUGUCGUACACAAAAAUUUUGGCCUUUGAAAAGUAUAAAAGCAGGCCAAUUUUCACUCCAUUUUCGUUUUUUUCUUCUUUUCUUCUCUUCAUAUUGGGUCUGGGGCUUUUGGGUUGCUCUCACUUGUGGGGGUAUACCUUGAGGUCUCCUGUGCGGGUCGACAGUGGGCUUCUGGGGGUAUCUUCGGGUAUUUUCAGCGGUUCCCUGUUGGCACAAGCAGGGGAUUUCUAA